AUGGAGAGGAGCAACGUGGAUGCGGCCAUUCUGGUGACCUGGUCCACUGCGCCCCCCGAAGACGGGGUAAUGAUUGCCUACCGCAUCUACCUGACUCGCAACAUCUAUCAGACAAAUGCUCAAUGGAAGGAGCAUAUUGUGCCUGCUGAGCAGAACUCCACCAUCAUUCGUGCCCUGCGUUCCGGACAGCUGUACUUUCUACGAAUGACCUGCCAAAAUCGCCACGGUCUCAGUCCCGUCUCGCCGGUAUUCGUUUUUCGAACAGCCGGAGGUGAGUGAAGCCUUGCCUUCGUCCGCUCUUCUCCCCCCCCUCCUCCUCCUCCUCCUCCGCCAACCCCCCAGCUUUGCUCCCCCCAUCAUGUGGGGGGGAGGGGGGCUCAUGCAGCAGCUUCCCUCCACUUGUGGGUCCCUGCUGCUCUGCUGCAGGUUGUCCACAUGCACAAACACAAGUGACUUGCAGGUAAUCAGGCAACCCUCUGUGGGCUACACCUGGGUGCUGCUUGGUGGAGGGCCAUUCAUCAAAGGAUUGGACUGAGGGAGCUCUACUGAACGUGUGCACGCGCAUACAUAGACUGCGGCAGCAGCGUUAGCAACAGGAACGGGAAGGGUUAUGGGAAGUUUGUUUACAAAAUCAGUGGCGCCACAGCCUAUGUCUAUUUCAUUCCUCGGCCCGCUGCCCCAGCUUAAUAGGCGCCAGGUAACACCGCGAACAGACAGGAACACGUGCUGGGCGUAGGAGGAGGAGGAGAAGGCUUGCGACACUUUCGCGGACGGCACAACAGAUACCUGAUGUGGAUCCGUCAGGCCACAGGCACUUGGCUGCGCAGGAAACUGACCAAACCACUUAUGUAAACAAUGGGCUAGGAUUAUAAAUCAUUUGGCGUCACACAGAAGACCUGGUCCUCCGUCGAUCCCUUGUGGGCUCCGGUUACAUGAGGAGGAAGGUGAAUACGCUUGUGUGUUAGCUCCCAACUAAACAUCCAAGGAGGUUUCUUAAAUUCGUCUACGGUGCUUAGUCAUAGAUCUGUCUAUUAUAAACAGACCCAUACUCAUUUGAUAGCGGAGCCUCCUUCAUCGCCUCAGCCGGUAUGGUAUUAGUCUACCUGAAAUGCAAGCCAGUGCCACCGCCGACAAAGAGCGGCGCCAUAGGUCAGAAAGUGACUCAUCCCCCUAGAAGGCAUUCAGUGUGUACUAUGCAGACCGAAGAAGAAGAUAACCUCACGAUGGCACUUUUAUCGAGUUUAUGGACUCAGGUACUCAAGAAUAUUGAAUACUAUGGAAUGUACAGUUGGAAUAGGUAUACAUCAUUUAUUUUGAAAGGCCGUGCUCUGGUUGAUGUGCAGUUAUAACUCUGUCCUCAUGUUUCGGAAUUAUCUAAGUUCGAGCAGAUUCUACAAAAGGACUUCCCGUUUUGAAAAACAUACUGGUAGUCAUCUGGUGGAUUCUAGGUGAAUUAUUUAGGAAAUCCUGCUUGGCAACUCAACUUACUGUAUCAGAUUUGGUGGAUUCCAGAUGUUGCAGUAGGUUGGGCGGGUAACUUGACCCAAAUGUGAUUAAAUUCGCGUCGUCCGGCGGGGCCUCGUAGCUCAAGUGGUUGGAGCGUUGGCUGUACUAAAGCCUUCACCUUACUGCGUGGGUUCGAAUCCCACCGAGACGCCGAGUUUUUCACAGUUAGGUCAAUAUGAAAAACAUACUGUUUUCAUUCUCAGUGGUAGACUGGAGGAUAGUUAGAGGUGCCUCAUGGCACACUGACUGAACUUCAUGACAUCCGUUUUACUUAAUUAGAGGAGGGAGACUAGUUAAGCGUCGGCUUGUAAAAUAUGUUAAUAACUAUGCAGUAGGAAUCCAUGUCCGUGUUCCAUGGACAUUCCACUGCCCACGGAUGUCACGCAGUAGACAAUAAUGGACAGCAUCAAAUCAUGACUGUAUAGAACGAAGUACAUGGCUACCUUAUGCAGCAAUCAGUGUAGUUCAAGCAUUUGUGGUAUGAAGGUCCACAUGGGCAAAAAACUACUUUAAACCACAGAAAAUUGGUUUCGCAUGUCAGCAUAUAGCCUCUCGAAUGAUCAGCGUGGUAGACAGCGGUAGUCGAAUCGGACAAACUGGGUUUACAGAUAUUCGUACAGUUUUAAAGUUAUUUCUUCCCAUAUUCCAGUGAUUAUUAAAUUUUUUGUAUAUAAAAGUAUUUAGUCUAUUUUCAGCAAGUACACAAAAUGUGUUGAAAUUGUACAGAAGCCUUCUCUUCGAGAACUAGCCGAGCUGUAGGUUUUGUUUUAAAUUAUUUUUACAAGGGAUAAUGCUGACAGGUGUUUUAUUAAUCUUAAAGCAACACUGACGUGAAAAUCAGGCUUAUAACAAGGAAUUAAUAAUUUAUAAUGUACUUAUGGGGGCAACAUGCGUCGGAUAAAAGACUACUGCCUUAAACCAUCCACACCAAAAGCGAAAAAGGUGGAUGCAUUCACCUCAAAUGCCAAGUGUCGGUCGUUAUGCCUUAGAAGAAAAUGGUUUAUGAAGUCUCAUUAUUUGACCUUUUGCCAUCUCUUUCUAUAGCUGAGGCGUGCCAUAUUUGUCGGAAAAUCGUUUUUGCACGACGGGCACUACUACUACUACUACUACUACUACUACUACUACUACUACUACUACUACUACUACUACUACUACUACUACUACUACUACUCGUGUGGCUCACAUUUGAUUGUAUAA